AUGAAAUUCGGGAAACAUCUCAAUAAAGAAAAGGUGCCCGAGUGGACGGAUGCCUAUGUGGACUACAACGGGCUCAAACGCACGUUGCAAGCUAUUGUGAAUCAGGCGAGACAGGGCCCGAAUCCAUCAACUGCUGCUUCUCGAAACAGAGCUUCACUUUCGGGUGACCUCGAGAAUCAGGUGAUUGAUGUCCACACGGUGGAACAAGAGAAUUUUAGAAAGCUGUACAAUACAAAGCUGCUGGUGUCCAGGAGAGACACGCAUAGGCACGAGAAGGAGACUGUUUUUUUCGAGAAGCUCGAUAACGAGCUCAACAAGACGAAUAACUUCUACAAGGACAAGGUGGAAGAAGUGACUCGGGAGGCCAAUUUGUUAGAAAAGCAAAUCGAUGCUUUGGUUGCUUUGCGAAUUAGAGUGACUAAUCCGGAUUUCGAUGGAAAUAAUCCGGAAAUUGAUGUCGAAACAAGUGAUAGAAGUCAGCCGGGACCCAGCUCGUCUACUGAGGACUCGAGAUGUAAAGCACAGCAGCACUCUGGUGACAUAUGUGAGAUUCCUCCUUCGAAAAUUUGUGUUAGCUCAAUAGAUGGGGGCGAGAAUGAAACGUCUGUUUUAGAAGUACUCGAUCGCGUAAAGAUUUCGAAUACGUCUGAUGGUCCGAUGUCGACUAUUAAAAGAGUAUUCAAGGAACCUAAAGAGAAGGAUUUGAGUUAUAACAAAGUAGAACUGAAAGCGGCUCAGGGGAGAUUGAAGGCUGCGUUUAUCGAGUUUUACCAAAUGCUUUGCCGUCUUAAGCAUUACAGCUACAUGAAUCUUUUGGCCUUUUCAAAGAUCUUGAAGAAGUAUGAUAAGGUAACAUCAAGAAGUGUCACGAGAUCAUACAUGAGAAUCGUGGAUAACUCUUUUAUUGGAAAUUCUGAUGAGGUCACUAAUCUCAUGGAAUGGGUUGAGGUGGUCUUCAUCAAGAACUUUCUCAACUCUAACCGUCGUGAAGGCAUGAGAUUAUUGAAACCUAAACAGAAGAAGGACAAGCAUCGGGUAACAUUCUUAUCGGGUUUCUUUUCUGGUUGUUCGGUUGCUCUAUUAGUCGCUGUUAUUCUGCUUAUUGAAGACAGAAGAUUAAUACAAAAGAAGACAGCAACGUUAUACAUGAACACUAUAUUCCCUCUCUAUAGUUUCUAUAUAUACAUUGUCCUUCACAUGAUGGUAUACGCUGCAAACACAUACUUUUGGAAGCGUUAUAAGAUCAACUACCCGUUCAUAUUCGAGUUCAAACAAGGAACCGAGUUAGGCUCUCGAGAUGUAUUUCUUCUCAGCAAUGGUCUUGCGGUGAUUGCUCUUGCCACUUUCCUGGUUCACUUACACAUAAAGAUGGACUCAGAAACGCAGCACUACGAAACAUAUGUUGAACUUCUCCCUUUGGGAUUAGUCAUUGUGAUUGUUGGCAUUAUCUUUUGCCCAUUCAAUAUCAUCUACCGUUCGAGUCGUAUGUUUCUUGUUAUGUGCACGUUUCGUUUAAUUUGUGCUCCUCUCUACAAGGUUAAACUGCCCGACUUUUUCUUGGCGGACCAAUUCACAAGUCAGAUACAGGCUCUGAGGAGCUUCGAGUACUACAUUUGCUUCUAUGGAAAUGGAAAAUUGUCUAAGAAAUUGAUCAGAUGCGAUAAUCUUGAUUUGUACAAUGUUUUCUAUUUCAUUGUUGCAGUUAUACCAUACUGGUUUCGUUUUCUCCAGUGUGUUCGUCGGUUGUUUGAAGAGAAAGACUCUUAUCAUGCAUAUAAUGGUUUGAAAUAUCUCUGGACAAUAAUUGCGGUUGUGAUUAGAACGACUUUCGAAUUGAAGAAGAACAUAACAUGGAAAGUAUUAGCUUUAGCUAGCUCACUUAUUGCUACCGUAGCAAAUACGUAUUGGGAUAUUGCUAUCGACUGGGGACUUCUGCAGAGAAAGUCGAAAAAUCCAUUCCUGAGAGAUAAACUUUCCGUUUCUCACAGAAGUGUGUACUUUGGAGCAAUGAUCUUGGAUAUUCUUCUCAGGUUCGCUUGGCUACAACUUGUCUUGACAUUAAACGUGCACUCAUUGCAGGGAAAGUCGGUAUCAACUAUAUUCUCAUGUCUAGAAAUUGUUCGGCGUGGCAUAUGGAACUUCUUCAGGUUGGAGAAUGAGCACUUCAACAACGUUGGCAAGUAUCGAGCAUUCAAGUCGGUGCCACUUCCUUUUACUUACUACGACGACGAAAAUGAAGAUGAGGAGAUUGAUAAGGAUGAUUAG